GUUGUCAUUCUUUUUGCAAAAACCAAUCUAAUCCUAUAAUCAAUCAGCAUUUUGACUUCUGUAUAUCCAAAAAUAAAUAUGUAAAUAUUAAUAUUCGUGAUCUUGCAAUUCGGGUACCGCUCUUUCUUCUACAACUCAUUAUGCGGUGGUCAUUCUAAUUGACAUUUGGUAAUUUUUUUCGUUUUCUUGCGCUUGGCGGAUUUUCGAGGUCCUUGCACAAACGAAUUUCUCCCACAUCCACUGUUGUUGGUGGGGAUAUUGUUAAAAAGAAACUUUUCGGAAAACAAACUAAAAAGUCAGUCGUCCACUGUAUCGUCUGUUCGAGAGCACAUAAGUAUUCUUUGGAUUCUGCAAAAUAGAUUUACAGACUUAGUCGUGCUCAGUGGUCUUCAUAACAGCAGAAGGGUGUGUGAACACAGGUCUCCCUAAUAGCCUGAUUGUAGAAAAUACCGAAAAAUAUGACGGAACGUCCGAGGAAUUUAUUUGCAGGAAGGCCACGUGCGCCACCAAAUGAAUUGAAUCUAAAUCCACUAGUACAACGUCAUCCACCAUCAUCCCUGUCAUCGACAUCGUCAGGGUCGGCUUCGUCCACAAGCAGUAUGGUCGUUUUGCCAACAGUCAAUAUGCCAACUGAGAGAACUAGGGAGCGGAUACGGCAGCAGGCUUGUGGCAAAUUGCAAGUUGGCCCUAACGCCAACGAUGUCUACCAAUUCACAUCGGAGGACUUGGAAGACUUGGGCGAAAUAGGGCGGGGAGCAUUUGGUGCCGUCAACAAAAUGGUUUUCAAAAAGAACGAUAUGGUUAUGGCUGUCAAACGCAUUCGCUCAACAGUAGACGAGAAAGAACAGAAACAACUUCUCAUGGAUCUCGAGGUUGUUAUGAAGUCGAACGAUUGCAACUUUAUUGUUCAAUUCUAUGGAGCGCUUUUCAAAGAAGGCGACUGUUGGAUAUGCAUGGAGCUCAUGGACACCUCCCUGGAUAAAUUCUACAAAUACAUCUUCGAACAUAAGAAUCAAAGGAUUCCCGAAUCAAUAUUGGCCAAGAUAACAGUGGCCACAGUGCACGCUUUAAAUUAUCUGAAGGAGAAACUGAAGAUAAUUCAUCGCGACGUAAAGCCCAGUAAUAUUCUGCUGCACAAACGAGGCGAUAUUAAAUUGUGCGAUUUUGGCAUUUCGGGUCAGUUAGUCGAUUCUAUAGCUAAAACGAAAGAUGCUGGCUGCAGACCAUACAUGGCGCCUGAACGAAUUGAUCCUGAACGUGCGAAAGGUUACGAUGUGAGAAGUGAUGUUUGGUCCUUGGGUAUUACAUUAAUGGAAGUGGCUACCGGCACAUUUCCAUAUCGUAAAUGGGACUCAGUUUUUGAACAAUUGUGCCAAGUUGUUCAAGGAGAUCCGCCGCGACUUUAUCAAGGCAAAGAAUUUUCAACAGAAUUUGUAGAAUUUGUCAACACAUGCCUAAUUAAAAACGAAAGUGAACGACCUAAAUACGACCGACUGCUGCAGAUGCCUUUUAUACUUCGCGGUGAACGCAGCAAUACUGACGUUGCAGCCUAUGUCACGGACAUCUUAGAAGCCAUGGAAAACGAUGGCAUAACGCAGUUCACCACAAAUCAGCCGGCUGAAAGUUAAUGGACAUCAAUUUUGCAUACAACCACCCAUCAAGAGACCCCCCAUUCAAGAGUAAGCAUAACACACUAAGAAAAGGCUCCCCCUCUCUUAGGAAAAGAAAUCAAACACUACACAUAACCAAACACACACACACACACACACACUGUUGUCUACUUGAUAGAAAGUAAGAUUUAUGUUGUUAGAACGCAUUGAAAAUUUCGUAGUGUAGUUCAUUAAUUGAAAGCAAACAAACAAAAAAGAAAAACUGAAUUAUGAAAACCAGAAAAAAAAAACGAAAUGUAAAAUGAUAAACCUUGCUGGAAGGCUUAAAUUAGAAAAUAGACUUUUAAAAGGUCACAAAUAACAAAAGCUUAACGUUUAAAAUUAUUUGCCUUGUAUUUUUUAAAAUAACAAAAGAGAAAAGUUGUGUAAAAAUGUCAUACAAAUAAUAAAAUGAUUUAAGUUGCAACUCCAACUCCUCCUCCUCCUGCUCCUCUUCGAUGAAUAGCAAUAGUAUCGAUGACAGUACCAGUAAGCCAAGACACCAAAUUUACACUGACGAUGAUGGAUAAUUAGAGAAGAAAAACUAACAAACUGGGGAGGGACGAUCGGAGGGUCUUGUCCAUCCCAGAAAAACCACAAAAAUAUACCUACAUAGAAAUAAAUAAAUUUAUAAAUGCUUUUUUAUAUAUAACAUACAUACAUACAUACAUACAUAGGAACACCUAAUUCACUGAUGCAUUUCAUCCGAGACUGCAAGUGCGCCGAAGGCCCGUUUGCGGUACGUCUCUGAGUGUGUGCGUGAAGAAACUUUUAAUUGAAUGUACUAAAGGCUUUAACUCAGGUUGUCGAUAAAAGAAAUUGUUCACUGAUGCCAAUGCUAAUGCCAAUGCCAAUACAGAUCGGAUGACACUUACAAUGUAAAGCUGCGCAAGCUUCUCUUUCCGAAUGAAAUGCUUUGGCCCUUUACAGCAAAUAAUUAUCGCAGAAAAAAAUUAAAAAAAUAAAACAAAUAAAACAAAUACAAAAUAACAGCAAUCACCCGCAUGCGUCCAUUUUGUUUUUUCACUUUUUGAUAUAUAUGAUAAUAUAAUACAAAAAAAGAAGACGAAAAAACCACAAUUUGCCAUUGAUGAUGUAAAAGCUGCUUUUAUAUUCACAACAACAAAAACCACACGUAACUAAUUGAAAGUAUUUGUUAACAAUAUAUUCAUAAACAAAGACACAUUCUGUAGCAAUUGUAGCAACGUAGAAAAAUAGUCGUAAGCAGAUCAGCUAGUUAUAAUUAAUAAACAAAUCAAGAAAAAAUCACAAAAAUAAAAAAAAAACAAAACAAAACGAGAGAGAAGAGGUUACUUUACGUUUUUUUACAAGUAGCAACCAAACACAAAGUCUAUUAAAAUAAACAGCAUGCCACCCGACCCCGUAUUUUGCUUGACAAUAAGAGCUUGAAUUGAUUGCCGUCGCCGCCGCCGCUGCUGCUAUGCUGCCUCAAUUUGAAAAAUGUGGAACAAAAAAUUCUGCCAUUGUAGAUCUUCGGUCAAUCCGCCCGUUUGGCUUCCAACAUUAACCUGAACCCUAGCUCUGUAUUGUUCUCUGUCUGUCUCUCACUCAGCGUAAUAAACCUCUUUUUUAUAAACUAACUAGAAUUUUAGCACGUAAGUCACCAACUGUUCGUCCACAACAUUCUCAACUACAAGAUGUAAUGCAAUGCGGUCUAUAUCAAUCAAAUCUACAUCCACAUACGCUCUUCUAUACUAGACUGUACUAAAAACAUUGAAGAUCAUGCUUCAGACUUCUCGUGUAUGAAAACACAUCUUUGAUUGGCAUGCUGAACUCUGGUCAUGGCAAAAUGAAAGUCAAAGAUGUUUCCAAUCGUUAGCGUUGAAUAAACGGCAAAUGGAAUUGGAGAUGUGCUACAAGUCUCCUGAAUAACAGUUUUUACUUCCAAAUGAUUAGUACUCUCCUCUCAAAAUCCUGGCAUUUGAUUUCCAUGUUGUCAUUAUCGACCUACAUAUCCGAAAUGAUGAUCUUGUCAUAUUCUACUUCCAAACACAUUUAUCUUGAAAAGUCCUUAUUCUUAUGUUGGGUCUAUAGGUCCGUUUUGGGGGUGAGGCGGUGUAAAACUCUUAGCGACAACUUUGGUUUUCUGACUUAUUUUCUUCUCCCAAAUACCUUUCAUUAUAGGCUCAUAUUUCCACGGUUGGUAAACAUUUUCAUUUUUGAGGGUAUUGAUCAGAAGGAAUGUCUCCAGACGACUCUUGACCUGGAAAGGUGAUAUCCGGAAAGCUUUUAUUUGAAUCCCAUAUUCCCAAAAACGGGGGCUGAUUUAUAAGUUUCUGGCCUAGGCAACACUAAGUGAUGCCAGUUCCAAUCUGACAUUUCCAAUGGAUAGUUUAACAUUUUCUAGCAUAAUCGUACUCAGAACGUUUUGACGUACGACCAUCGUUAGUGUUGUUAACAGUGACCUGAAAACAUGAAUUUGACAAAAAAAUUUCGUGCGACCAUUUUUCACAAUUUUCGACGUGGUUUAUAACGAUAAGAGGGCAUUGAUGAACUUCAAUCUUUGUAUGGCAAUGAAGAACCAUCCUAUAGUACUAACCAUACCAGUGCUAACAACUGGUUUAAUGUUGUUAGUACUGUCGUCGUCGACGCUCGCUCAAAGUCGAAUUCCGUCCAAAAAUGGCCAUUGUACCGGAGAAAAUUGAUGCCGUGCGUGAACUUGCCAUGCAAUAUCGUCAUGUGACAUACUAAUAGAUAGAGGCAUCCAGCAUUGAUUCGAUAUUGCAUCAACAACUUGCCUUAAAAAAGGAUAAUUCUCUUUGAAUUCCGCACAAUUUGACAAUCGCGCAAAAAAGGCUCUUGUACAUUAGUGCGAAGAAAUGUUAAAAAAAAAAUGAUCGCGGAUUUUCAAAAUACAUUUUUGAGAUCGCCACAGGCGGCGAAACGUGGAUAUAUGCGUAUGAGCCCGAAACAAAACAACAAUCGAUCGGCCUAUUUCUUCAGCAAAACUGCUCAUGUGACUACUGUUUCGCUUGAGCAACAUAGGAAGGUCAAUUCUGAGUAGCACAUCACGUCAUGACAAUGCCAGCUCUCACACAUCGGCUCAAACCAGUUCAAACUUUUUGACCGACCAAAACGUCGAAUUGAUGUGUCAUACGCCAUAUAAAAACUGUUUUUAAUGACAAAAAUGUGCAUAAAUAUGAUUAAGCUAGAAAUUUAUAUAGCAGCUCUCGUAUGUCCGUUUUGGGGAUGCGACGGCGACAUUUCGCCACGAGUGUGAAUGUCAAGCUCAUGCUUUACUCCAGACAAUUGGCCUUGAAAGUAGACUCAAGUUUCAUGCUAUAUUCUCAAAUACCUUUUAUUUGAGCCUCUGACUCAAUGCAAUCAAUGAGCAGUCAGAUUCUCUCAUGUUCUGGGCAUGAAGAUACAAUGUGAUGACCGUUCCAAGCGUUUGGGCUUUCUGAAGCGGUGGAAGAAUUACUACACUAACCUUCUUAAUAUCUAUACUACCUACAGCAGGCCGGAGAUGCAUAGCCCAUAAUUCACAUAUAUCGGCUGGAGCAACCAAAUCCUCCUCGGAACCUCUGGGCCAUAUUAAGGGAAGAGCGCUGGUUUUGACUGCUGGUGACUUUUGGGUAUCCAACUCUAUUGUUUCCUUUAAGCAUCGCCGUAAUGUGGUUUGUGUGACGCUGUUCUAUUGAUUCUUCAAUGGUGUGUGCUCCACAGAUAUUAACCUUCUUAUUCCUGAUGUAAAGAUGUUCGUCAGAAAUAUCAGUCUUUCUAGGAACUCACACCCGCUUGUUAUGGAUUAGUCAGCUGAGAGAACCAUUUACUACAUAGAGAAUUCCUUUUUUGACCGAACUGCUCGUAUAUGGAAUCGGCUUUGUGCCAACCUGACCACAACAUUCAGAAAUUUAAAUGGCAAUAAACGCUACUCUGUCUUUGCCCCUUUCAAUUCCUAAAUUUCCACUUGCCAACGCAAUGCACUGCAUACCUAAAGUGUGUUCGUUUACUCAAAAAUUUGUGUAAGUUUGCAAAAAUUUUUACUGGAAGUCUUUAUAUACCAACGGAAAAUUUUGAUUGUUUUAUAAUUGGGAGCUUGCAAAUUUCUACUGUAGUUUUUUUUCCAUGUCCUAUGGAAACCAGUUGUUUAAUUCAAAUAAAUAGCAAAAUAGAAAGAAUGCUACUCAAACUCUCCUCCAAAUUUUUACUGGAAGAGUACGUAGUUAAGCUAAAAAAAAAACAUGGUCAUGGUCAGUAAAUAUGUCAUAUUUGGGGGGUGAGGUGUAUUCCCAGCGACUUUCCCGAAAGUGGGUAUUGAUUUCGUGCUUUACUACCACAUAGCUUCGAUUUGAGCCUAAUAUUGCCAUGGUCGGUAAAUAUGUUCGAUUUGAUAUGGGAGUGGGGCGCACGCCAAACACUUGGACCCACAGUUAUAUAUCAGAUUCGUUUUCUGCCCUCAAAUACUGUUCAUUUGAGAUCUUUUUGGGAUACCAAAUUUUGGUUUUUGGGUUUAGGUUAUAGGAGUGCAAACAAAAAUUCACAUGAAUCGUCUCAGCCUCCUCGAGAUUUGACGUUUUUAAAAAUUAGGGUAAGGGGAAGAGUCAUGUGCCCUAGUUUUACCACAGUAAAAUGUAAAAUGCAACAGUUUUAAAGUGCCACAGAUCCAUCCUUGAUCAACCUCAUGCAAAUUGGGAAGUAUGAUUCGUAUUCUGCUAUCAAAAUCCCUCAAUUUGUCCCCAUCACCCUAUAUGUCCUUUAGAGGUUUUUUGCGGCCCCCCCAAGUACUUGUCCCCAAUUUCGGUUAUCAUAUUCGUACAUGAUAUCUGGUGAAUCUGCAUGAGCGUUUGGGGAUAUUUGGAUGACUUCAGACACUUUGUCUCUAAUAUUCGUAUUCUACUUUCAAAUACCUUUUAUUUAAGUUCCAUGUUGUGCCGUUCGAUCUACACGUCAGUUUUUGGGAUUUGUUUUCUGAGUCGGGUGGUUACCCAGACACUGCGUAGAAUUAAUACCAGAUUUGUAAUUAACUUGCAUUAACUAUUAUUUGAGUCCUCCCAUAUAUUCCUUUGGGGGUUAUUUGGCGGCCCCCACAUUUGCCCUCCUAUUCUUCUUCUUUUAUUUGCCCAUCCGUUAUUCGUAAAUGAGCGAUCCGCAAUAGUUAUUAAAAUUUUGCAAUUUGCAUGGUUUCACGGUUCUUUCGACUUUUCGUCUCUUUUGUGGUGGGCCACAGGUACUUGUGCGCCUUUUCGGUUAUCAUAUUCGUACAUGACUCCCAAAGUCCUCUUAUUUUUGUCCUACAUUGUCCCGGUGGGUCUGCAUGAGCUUUGAAUAUUUUUUUGAUCCAUGACUCGUCUCUGUGUCCGUUCCCUGGGCUUUUUAGGCGGUGGGCGGGGCGGACCACCGGAGACUUGGCCCACUUUUGAUUUUAGGCCGUGUUUUUGGGGUUUGAUAUGGGGGACAGCGUUCCAUUUCGAGAUUUUUCAAUUGAAUUAUCUAACAGAACUUUGUCGCUGAAGUGUGGAAGUUUGAUAAUGUUUUUCGUGCAGUCUAGAAUGUAAGGUUAUGAUGAUGUAGGCUGAUAUGUUAAGGACUAACAUUUUACUGCAAACCAAAACUCGGCAUAGGUUUUUUUAAUACAAAUGAAACAACUUAAUAUACACGCAUACAAGACAUUUUUAAUUAAAUAAAACAAUAAAAGUGUUGAAAUGGUUGAAGACACGUAAAAACAUA